GUCUGUUUGGAUAUUUAUCUGACUGUUUUUUGGUCAGUGGCGUUGGUUGUGCCAUUGAUCACCUCACUCAUGAGUGUUCUGGUGUCUAGAAGAUCAGAAAUCAAAUUCCAGCCUUUCUCUCAGCAGGGGUGUGCCUUGAUAACUGAACAGCUUUGGAGGAAAAAAAGAUGAAGAACAUGCUUAGCUCAUUGGUCACUGGUGAACUGAUGCCAUCCCUGUGUCCACACGUGAAAGAAAAAGUAGUUUUCUGCCUUGACUUCAGAUAAGUGCCUGUUGUAUACUGUACCUUGCUUACUAAGCUUUGGGGGAAUCUAGGAAAAUGAUAGUGCAAGUCUGAAAUUAAUUUCCAAAAAGCAAAUUUUAGUCCUGUGCAAGACAUGAGAUUCUGUUGCUUUGUGACAACCCUUUAGGCCCUCUCAAAUCAGUGGAACACCAUUUAGCUCACCUGAGGAACCACAGUCCCUUUCUGGAGUCUGAUGCGUCACCAGAUACAGAUACUAUAUAGUUAGGGCGAUCUGUACCCAGGAGCUGCAUAACACAAUCUUCCUCUGUAACCUGAGCUGAAUGCAUUGUUGAGUGCUGAGAAACACACUGCCUGUAGUUUCUUGGCAGGUGGACUAGAUGAUCUUUGUAGGACCUUUCCUACUGAACUGUUCUGAUGAGAGGGCUGCCAUGGUUCUUUAACUGCUUAAGAAGAAAGGCACCAAUACACCCUUCCUGUGGCUGCUGAUCUAGCUAGAUAGGCGAAACCACAUUUUGCUUAGGAGACAGAUGGGAAAACCAUUGAUCUGAAGCUGGCAGUUGUGCUCUCACAGCAUUUGUAGUAUUUCAUUAUUAUUAUGAAGGAAUACCUGGUAGCUAAAUGAGCUAGAGACUUGUGGAGUAGUCAAUGGAGGACACCUAGGGAAGAUGAGAAAAUAAGAGUCAGUUUAUAGUGCUUCCUGGGAGUGUUUUUUAAACUUCCAGUGACUGGGGUCAGAACAUUCUGCAUCACAUAGGCAAAAUAAUCAUGUUUAGGUUCUCUAUGUGGAAUUUUCUUCUAGAAAAGUGAUUAUUCCAUUUAAAUGUUGAAUAUAUUUGACAUUUUACAUACCUUGCAGCAAGGAUUCACAUACCUUACCUGUAUGUUAUAUGACAGUGUCUUCUUGUGCUUGUUUUAAACCUACUGCUCUUGUUUGGAGUCCCUGAGUUAUUGUAUGAGAAGAAACAAAGAAUAGAGUUUUACGGUUCACUUUCUCUACUCCACACAUCACUCCCUAGAUAUCUGUCCCUUCCUCCAUAUUCUUUUCAGCCUGCAGAAUCCUGGUCUAUUCAGGCAUGCUGUACAUAGAAGCUGCUUUGUUCCUUCGAUCAGUUGUGCUGCUUCUUUCAGAAUCUUUUAUGGUUCCUGUGUAUUGGCCUUGAGUUGGGUGAAUGGACCAGAAUUUAAUGCAGUAUUCAGGGUACAAACAUAAUGUGGAUUAAUGUUGUGCUCUAAGUUUGUUUCCUUUGAGCUUUUCUGUUUCUUUACAAGUAAUUUCUAGCAUUUCUCUUUUUUUAGAUAGUUCCCCAGCUGAUAUUCUCAUAGGAGAUUCUGCCUCUACCUUAUUCCUGCAAAGAAUAACCAGGUCAACACCUGACACUUAGGUCAGAUUAGGGCUGUUUUUUCUGAAUGUGUGUCACUUUGUUUUUUCAUUCUUAAGUUCGUCUGUUGUUUUAUUACAUAGUAUCUUAAUAUUACGAGAUGUUUCUGCAGCAUGCUGUAUUUUUUCUCUUUACUGUCACGAGUAGGCAGUUAUCACUGGAUGAUUGUCAUUAGAGUAUUUCUUUUUUUCAGACCAUUUGUGAAUAUAGCAGAGAUUCCUGUGAGAUAGUGACCUGGCUUCACAAAAAGCAUUAUCAUUUAUUUCUUGUGUUUCCUCUCUUAAGUGUGUUUUCCAUCUCAUGCCUUCAUAUCCCAUGGCAACCCAGAUGUUUCAAGAGGCUUUUGUGAAAGAGAUUGUUUAAAUUCUUUUGAAAAUCAGAGGCGACAUUAUCAAUCAGAUCUGUCUCAAGCGCCAGCUGUUAGCCUGCUCAGGAUCUGAGGCAGGUUUGCAAGGCAGCACUUUGCUUUAUGAAAGCUCUGAUGGUUUGCCCCACACAAUGUAUUUAUAGAAAUAAUAGUUCCUUGGUAUUUCUACAUUCCAUUGGCUUCUUGUCUUUAUGCUUGCUGUGUCCAUGCUUGUUAAGGUAAGCAUUCUGGUCUCUGCCAUCAUUGUCGUCUUAGAGAAUUCUGUGAAACAUGGAAAGCAUUGUUUUGGCUUUCUGUCACUGUAUCCUGUUCAUAUCAGACUUUUUAUUUUACUACUUUUGUUCACUAUUUGACUUUUGUCAACUUUUAUCCUGUUCUUUACUUGAGGCUGCAAUAUCUACCAUAGGAGUCAGAACACUGUGUCCUGUGCACCAGUCUACUUUCUCCUACUUGUCAGUUUGAAAUUUCUGUAGCAUCUUCUUGAUGUGAAGUGCAGAUCCUCUUUCCUCCUCAGUCUGGAAUGGAAAUCUGACUUUGCUAGGCUUAAUCUACUAGAGAAACUUCGGCAGCCACUGAUGAACCUGAGCCUCUUUUCCUUACUCCAUUGCUUUAGACAUGCAUUGAGACUUUGUCUUCCCACUACCUGUGUUAUCAUGGGAGUCCCAGUCUUUGGCAUCCUCCACCAUACCCAGGUGCACCACAACCCCUGCUUCCUUCCCGGUGUUUCCCAACUUAUCCAGGCUUUUUUUGAAGUUUGUCAGUGUAACUCCAAUGGGCACCUCAGUACACUGUCUCUGGAAUCAGGAGCCAAACCUGUUAGCUAUUAGUGGUUUAGUUACCAGGUGCCUAUUUCCUGUCCCUUUUUCUCAGCUGGGGUUUUUGCCUCAGGGAAGUAUUGUUAGUAUAAGAAGAUAUACAGACACCUUGUGCAGAGGGGGCCGUUGACAAGGAUUAUUACUCCUUAACCAGUCUGGCAACUUCCUGCCAUGGAACAAGAGCUGGAAGAGCUUUUCAGUGCCCUAAAAAGCCUCCUCAGUUUAACCUCUUUCCUUAAACAGCCAUUAGAUUUUUUUUGUCUGCAGGUGAGACUCUUCAGAGAUUGCCAGGAAGUCUGUGUCAUGUGUUCUUUCACCUAUGCCACAAUCAAGUCACAAUAAAGAGCUCUUAUCUCUGAGGAUCAUGGGCUGCCUGGAAUGAAUAUGCCUUUGCACUACCUACACAUGGGUCAGAAGCUGGCCUCCCAGAAAGGCAAUCUUCCUAUUACUUGGCUACAGACUUGGUAUAAAAUGCAAGAAAGAGUUCCAGCAAUAUAAAGCCUCAAGUCUAUGCUGAGAUGCCGCACAGUGCGUUGUGGUGUUUGGGACAAGACAUCUCCCAGACAGAAGAGCUUCUUGCUGACCUCUCAGUGGUACCCAGAGAUAGGAAUCCAGAUGGACAGAGCAACGAAGCGUGUAGAGCCAUGGAAGAUAGCAGUCAUCGUUGUGUCGGUGAUAGUAGGCUUAGCCCUCAUCAUUGGCUUGAUUACAUAUUUUUUGUGUCGUGAUCAGGACCGAUAUUACAAUGCAACUUUCCUAAUCACCAAUGUCAAUUAUGACCCUCGGUAUGAGAGACAAACCACAGAAGAAUUCAGGCACCUGAGCCAAGAGAUUGAAACCAUGAUAUCUGCAGUAUUCAAGGGGUCCUUCCUAAGUAAAAGGUACAUGAGGUCCCAUGUUGUCAGUCUGAGCCCAGAUCCCAGAGGAGUGCUUGCGUCUGUUGUUCUGGUAUUUAAAUUUGCCUCGGCUGACAGUAAAGCACUGAGCUGGAGUCACGUCAACGAUGUGUUACGCAGGAGGCUGAAAACAAGCUCUACAUUCUUGAACGUUGACCUGUCUACCCUUACACUCACAGAGUUGGAUAAAGAAAAGGGAGACAACCUUUUAAACAACUGCUGUGGAAUACGAAGACAGGCACUUUCCUUUGCAGGAGUGGAGAGAAUACUCGGUGGGCAGCGUGCACAGGAUGGGGAAUGGCCAUGGCAGGCUAGUAUUCAGCUUGAUGGGACCCAUCGCUGUGGUGCAUCAGUGAUCAGUAAUACGUGGCUAGUGACUGCAGCCCACUGCUUUAGAGGAGUAAGAGAUCCUAAGAGGUGGACUGCCAGCUUUGGAAUUCUGCUGAGACCUCCAAAACAGAAAAAAUUCAUCCGAAGAAUUAUUGUUCACGAAAAAUACAGUGACUUCAUCCUUGAUCAUGAAUAUGAUGUGGCUGUCGUAGAACUUGCCUCUGCUAUUGAAUUCACGAGUGAUGUGCACAGUGUCUGUCUUCCUGAAGCAUCUCACGUUUUCCCAGACAACUCUUCCUGUUUUGUCACAGGCUGGGGAGCUUUGGAGAAUGAUGGCUAUAGUGUUAAUGAGCUUCGACAAGCAGAAGUGAAAAUUAUAAGUACUGCAAUUUGUAAUAGAAGACAAGUGUAUGGUGGAGCAAUAACAGAUGGAAUGUUGUGUGCUGGAUACUUGGAGGGGCGAGUGGAUGCCUGCCAGGGUGACUCUGGUGGGCCGCUGGUGCAUGCAAAUUCCAGAGGAAUCUGGUAUCUUGUGGGAAUAGUAAGUUGGGGAGAUGAAUGUGGCAAGCGAAAUAAACCAGGAGUGUACACGCGAGUGACUUACUUUCGAGACUGGAUCAACUCCAAAACAGGCAUCUGAAGCCUGCAGUAAGUUUACUGGGCUGUGUUCCUCUGACACAUUCUGCUCUGUGGCUACCCUCUAAACAGCUGCUGGCUUAGCUUGUGAUCAUAUAUCAAGAGCCAGCAAACUCAGAGAAGUCUAGGACUUGGAAUUGGUUUCGCCUACAGCCAGACAGGAAUGAGCUUGAUCCACAUGACAGCUGUUUGUUCAGGAGGUACUCUGUCAAAGGGACAAUUGCCUUCAUCUGUAUGCAAUAUACUGACUCUUUUUCUCGUUGGCCAAAUGUCUUGGCCCCUACUUUUAUACUCAGGCAAAGCGUUUGAGCCCAAUCAAUCAUUUACCAGCAUCUAAUACAAGUUAUAACUAAGACAUAACCUGCCCAUUUACUGUGGACUCCCAAGGCCCCAUCUAUCUGUUGGCCAGCUACAAUCCAGCCCCUGACUCCAAGGCUACUGCACUUCUGAAUUCUUCUUGAGGUUUUUCCUGCAUCAUUCCAGGAAGCGUAUUCUAAUGAACAGAAGAUGGAUCAGAGAAGUCCGGAUUACUAAUAUCACAUCGAACUGUUACUUAGAUGAAUGGAGAAUUUUUCCUUGCUGUGUUAUCCUGAAAUAAGAAUCGGUGGAAAACACCAGCUUCUGUCCACCUACUUUGAACAAGUGUAUGUACUUCAUCGCUUCAUAUGAACAGCCUCUACCACAGCAUUUGCUGUGAGAGUGAUUGCUGGACUUAAGAUCAAAAACCACUUUAUAUUCGUACCAGUCUGUUGUCAUAUCAGAGUAUUUGGCUGAAUUAAUUUCCAUUUUUAAGUUUCUAGAUUGUAUUGUUCUGAAUAAAAGUCCUCAGCUUUUGUGCAAGAUAGAGGAUUGUAACAAUCUCAGUACAACCAUUACCAAAAAACUCCCAAACCUCUCAAACUGCUUAUUCUUGUGAAUGUUGUUCUCAAGUCUUUAUAAGUUAACAUGUGCAUCUUCAGUUUCAUUCUGGAAAAAAACAGAUCUCAAACGUUUUCUACACUCCAGCAGCAGAACACACCUAUAUCUGGUGAGGAUGCUUUCCUUAGUGUGUCUGCAGACUCUUUCCAACACUUUAGGUGGAUGUUGAUCCUGAAAAGAGCAAGUGCUUUCGUCUUAAUUGCUAGAUAAUGAUCCACACAAUUGCUUUCUUUUCCCUUUACUGUUAGAAAAGAAAGAACUCGGGAAGUAGAUACCAGCCAUACUGCCAAGACUCAAAGUCGGUCCAGUGUGGCAAGCAAGCAUGAAUCUUAUACCAGAAAAGGCAUACACCAGGCUUUCAGCAUGCUCAUAGUUAAAAGAUCUGAAGGAAACAGGCCCUCAGUCUUUUAGGAUCAAAGUGUUGUCCAAAUUGAGUAUAUGUCAGUAGCCGUAGUGGCAAUUCAGGGCAUCCUCUAUGGACUAUGAAAGAGGUAUCUGGAGCUGUUGUGUGAUGUACACUGGUAUAUUGGGAAACCUGGCACAUAAAAUUUCUGAGGGAACUUUUCUUGUGGAAUGUUGAGGGCUUCAGAAACAAAACUUAAUUUCCACACAGGGGGUAAUAAGUGUCAGACUGGUUCAGUAGGCCCAACGACUGUGAUUGUAGUCCCUGAAGGAGAACAUUGUUUUGAAGUAUAUUUCUUAUAAAGGAAGCUUAAAAGGUAUGUAUGACAAGUAUAUAUGAUUUUUUUUUCUUCUUGCUGAUAACAAUUGUCAGGCCUCUUGGUGAUGCAAAGCAGUAAAAAUGAGGACUGUCAAGAAGAGCUCUUGAAAGAACACCCCUCAUUGACUGGGAGUGUUGGUGUGAAUAGACGUGAUGGCUCUGAAUCCAUUACUCAUGGUGAAACUACACUGAUGUCAGCAUUGCCUGGCUUUUCCUGAGGGAAAUUAUGGAAACUUGAAACAAUGUAAGUGGCCAGAAUGUUUUAUUUAGUUUAGGGGGCCUAGCAGAUUUGUAUUUCUUUUAAGUUGAAGUCCCAUCUAUUUAUGAAGCCACAAGCUUAAUCUCUCAGACAUGUUUUCUUGGGAACUAACAUCUUCGCUCAAGGCAGAAUGGGAUGUAUCUAAUUGUACAAUCAUGCAUGACAUGCAAGAAUGUAAUUUAUACCUAAGUGUAAUAAAACCUCUUU